AUGCCUCUGCCCCUGGUCGGGGUGAUUUCACAGAUGGGGCUUCUCCCUCCUCCAUUGGUCCUUCUUGGUCCCGUUCCAAUGUCUCAGAGAGCCAUGGUUCAGUUAGCCCUGAGGUGUGUUCUCAUUUUUCGGUGUGACGGAAGUCUUGGUUCUGUCAAGACGAUGUGUGCUGCUGAUUGGUUUUAA